CGCUCCUGCCGUCCACCCGCCUCCUGGGAAGGUGGCAAAAGUUGUGGGGUCCUCUCCACCGUGGCCGGUCAAACACAAGGACACCUCCCCUGCCCGGGCGCACAGACAUCCACCGGGUGAGCUCUUUUCAGCCGGCCUCGUGCCACCCAGCCGGCAGGCCCCCCUGCAGCCACCUCCAGCCCUUCUCCCUCCUCCUCCGCCUCUGCCCCCCGCCCCCCCCCUUUUCUUUCCUCCGCCUCUCCCCCAUCCCCGCGGCCAUGGACAACCGUACUGCUGUCUCCAACUGGGGCAAUGCUCAGAGCGUCGACUCGCUCAACAUUGCCAUCCAGAAGAUCAUCGACUUCAUGAACCACUUUGAAAACCACACUCGCUUCCAGCUGUCCACUGUUGGCGACCGCCUCAACCUCCUGGAGCAGGAGGUCCACUCGCUUGAGCAGAAGCUCAACUCCCUGAAGCGGGAUUGAGGAGGCCGCGCACAUCGGCUCGUACCUCCUCGCAUCGAGUCGACCACUGUGCUGUACCCCGCCCCCCCCCCCCGUCCAUCGCCCUCGGAAAAGAACAUACAUACAAACAUGACAACAAGCAUAGCCUCUCUCUCCCUCUCCUCCCCCCUCCCUAUCUCGGUCCGGUCCCUGUGUACCUCCCUCGCGCUCCCCCAGCACACAAAUGACCCCCUCCCUGGUGGAGUUUGUCCCGGGAGAGGGGCGCGCAAGCAUCCUCC